AUGUGACGUCAUGGGUGGGGUGAACACCAAAAUGGCGGAGUUGGUCAUGUCAUGUUGUAUGAGUGACCACGAGAAAUCACAACGAAUACGAAGUCAUGAGAUCGACAAAAAAUUAAUGAAGGAUCGGUUGACAUUCAGGAGAACAGUGAGGCUUUUGUUACUGGGUGCCGGAGAGAGUGGAAAGAGUACUUUCCUAAAGCAGAUGAGGAUUAUCCACGGACUGGAUUUCGACGAUGAAGCGCUACGGGAAUACCAGAGUGUGAUAUACAACAACAUUGUAAAGGGCAUGCGUGUUUUGAUCGAUGCCAGGGACAAACUAGGCAUUCCUUUUGGAAGUGAAGAAAGUGUUAAACAUGCAAAUUUUGUUUUCAGUUAUGAUGGAGUUAAAAAAUUAGACGAGAGAACAUUUCUACAGUAUGUGGAACCAAUGAGAAUAUUAUGGCAAGACAGCGGGAUAAAAGGGGCGUUCGACAGACGGAGAGAAUUUCAACUUGGUGAUUCUUUGAUGUAUUUCUUGAAUAAUUUGGACAGGAUCAGUCAGAAGAACUUCAUUCCAAUCAAGCUGGAUAUCCUGCAUGCCCGGAAGGCCACCAAAGGUAUCAACGAACACCAGAUUCUGAUUAAAGGCAUCCCCUUUAUGUUCAUUGAUGUUGGAGGUCAGAGGUCACAACGCCAGAAAUGGUUUCAGUGUUUUGAGGGUAUCACCUCCAUCUUGUUUCUUGCAUCGUCGAGCGAGUUUGACCAAGUCCUUAUGGAGGAUCGCAAGACCAAUCGCCUCAUCGAGUCCUGUAACAUAUUCGAGACAAUCAUCAACAACAAGUCCUUCUGCAAUGUGUCUAUUAUUCUCUUUCUCAACAAAAUGGACCUCCUCACUGAGAAGGUUAAACAUGUAAGCAUUAAGGAAUAUGUUUCCGAGUUUCAAGGUGACCCUCACUCCAUAGCAGAUGUCAAGGCCUUCCUGCUCAACAUGUUCGACUCCCGUAGGCGAGAACGCAGCAAGCCUCUCUUUCACCACUUCACAACGGCAAUUGAUACAGAAAACAUCAAGCAUGUGUUUCAAGAUGUGAAGGACACGAUUCUGCAUGAUAACCUCCGAUCUCUGAUGCUGCAGUGACCUUGGCACUGUCAAGGACGAUGCUCAUUUCGGGUGGAUAUUAAACAUAGAUGGCCAUCUGAAGUGUGUGCUCACCUAAAGCCAAAAUUCAAAGUGACUUGUGACAAGUUGAUGUAUUGGUUAUUCUGGAUGGACUAUUUACAAUGGAAGGUGUUUGUAUUUGAAAUGGAGCUGUAACUAUCACAUUUGAUAACAUGCUGUAUUUGUAGAAGUCAGAAGGGUACGCUACUAUACAGGAGACAUUGUGUCAUGAUGGACAGAUGGAUUGACGUGACAGUUCUGAUUGGUCAAGAUUGUAUUUGUGAUCGGGAGCACAUAUGAUUAUGAUUCGCUUUACCGUUAUUGUGUUUUAUUAAUCAAAUUUUAACUUAUUGGAUUGUCCCUGGCCUUAGUUUAGAUAUGGAAUCCAGCAUUUUUGAUGUUUUGCUAUUUUUUAAAUGUUGAAAUUUUACAAAGUCUGUAAUAAUUAUAGUUUUGAUGCAUCUCAGCAUUUUGUUUUAGAUACCAGUUAGAGCUUACACUGAUUAUUUGAAAGUAAUUUCUAAAUAAUUAUGAUGUUAGUCAUAUGUAUUCUAGAAGACCAGUACUGAUAUUAAUUGGCCAGAAAACAGACUUUGUAAUAUAUACCACCAUUUGUAUAUAUCCAGUCGGAGAUUGUGGCAUGCCAACAGGAAGUCAAUAGUACCUUCAUAGAGAGGUAGCUAGCUCAAGAUGUACCAUCAUGUAACCAUGGUUACCUACUCUUACCUGUAUGACAUCGCUGUGUAACCAUGAUUAGAUACACAUAUCUCUCGUGUUACCAUGUAACCAUGGUUUCAAAUACUUAUCUGUACAAUACAUGACCUGCCUGAAACCUAGUGCGCAUUCAGAGAAAGUGAAAUUUGUCUUUGACAUUUUUUCGUACUUUUGCAUAUGAUUUGCUCAUUUUCAUUACUCUUUGUUGAAUGUUGAUUUAUUCUGUUGAUGUGAUUACUUGUAUAUUGGCCCUUUAUAUCUCUUUGGCUUCCAGUGUGCAGGAUCUUCUUUCUACUGUGCCUUAAGUCACUCUCUGAUAAAGCAGCUGGAACUGUGAAUCACUAUGUCACAAGAUGUAUUGUGUUGACAGAGCCACAUUUGAUUUAACUAGGCUAUAAUGUAGAGACAACCCUGUGUGUGUGUGGUGGACCACUGACUCUAGUAGCACUUGUGUGCCCAGAUGAAGGUAUAUACCGGUACAGGUGAUCUGUGACAGGUGUGUGGUGGAGUAGCACCUGUGUACCCAGCUGAAGGUAUAUACAGGUGAUCUGAUACAGGUGUGUGGUGGAGUAGCACCUGUGUGCCCAGCUGAAGGUAUAUACAGGUGAUCUGAUACAGGUGUGUGGUGGUGCACUGAAGCAAGUAGCACCUGUGUGCUCAGCUGAAGGUAUAUACAGGUGAUCUGUGACAAGUGUGUGGUGGAGUAGCACCUGUGUACCCAGCUGAAGGUAUAUACAGGUGAUCUGUGACAGGUGUGUGGUGGUGCACUGAAGCAAGUAGCACCUGUGUGCCCAGCUGAAGGUAUAUACAGGUGAUCUAUGACAAGUGUGUGGUGGACCACUGACUUAAGUAGCACCUGUGUACCUAGCUGAAGGUAUACACAGGUGAUCUGAGUGGUGUGUGGUGGUUCACUGAAGCAAGAAGCACCUGUGUACCUAGCUGAAGGUAUGUACAGGUGAUCUGUGACAGGUGUGUGGUUGAGUAGCACCUGCGUACCUAGCUGAAGUGAUCUGUGCCAGGUGUGGUUGACAGUGUAAAAGCCCCAAUAGACCAUGUUAGGACCUUCUCUCUUUCUAUCCUGCCAAAGACAAUGCAAGACUUGUAGAUAGACUUACAUUGUGGAUCUAAAAUCAUAAAUUGUAGCAUGAUUGUGACAGCAGUUGUUAAUUAUACAUAAUUAAUUCAAACAAUAUGUACACGUAGAUGUACAGAUAACACAGUACAAAUAUAUUUUGUUAGUUAUGACUAUUAUCAUUUUAAUCUUUAACUCUCCAUGUAUGUCUGUCAGCAUGGUUAUCCCAGUAGAAUGUGUGGUGUGCAGUUCAUGGCAUGAGUGGCAGUUUAUAGCAUGAUAUAAUCCCCACCUCAACUGUGGGACAUGAUGGGAAGUUAUGAUGGUUAUCACCUACUACCACAUGUCAUGUCACUUCAGUUACAGCACUGGGCAGAUCCGUGGUAUCACCACUCACUCCACCUGCGAUAUGGCAGUUGUGUAAGAUCACUUGUUAUGCAUGGAACAAAGGCAGAGGUAUUGCUACACACACUUACAGCAUGCUUGCUGCAUCACACCACCAACUAGAUGUGAAUGUGACCCAAGACGGAUAUAUGGCUUACAUGUUACCAAGUUUAUUGUGAUGGCAGACAGUACACAUCCUACUAGAUGGUUGCAACUGGCACAAGCUGCUGUCACUCAACAAGCACCUGCUUGAACUCCACAACACACUGGACUUGUUUACUGGAAUCUCUUCAGAAACUGUAUCAUUGCAUUAUAUUGCUGUGUGUAAUAUAUCGUAUAUCACCUGUGUGAGAAGGUCAGGGGUGCAGUACUCGUAUUGCCAACUGAUGGUACUUCUCAGCUGCUUACUGGCUAGUUUUGACUGACUGAAGCAGAAAAAUACCCAGAACAUUAACAUGUGUAAGGAAACUAAUAUUUUCCAGCUGUUCUUUGAUGGAUUAGUGGAUUAGAAAAAUCAGAUUGUACAUCUACAGAACUGGAACAAGAGGUUAUUGAUAAUUUUGUGUGUUGUGAAAUGAUGAUAUACAUCUCACAUUGAAGACAGCCUUACCUCAUAUAAGCCAUUAUCAUGAUUAUGUGUAUGAAACAUCUGUAGAACCAAACAUCAGACAAUAGGUGGAGUCCGUGAGAAAAUUGUUUGAUUACUCUGAUGUAUACACUGUUCAGCUGCAUUUCAUUUUAAAGGGUACAGUUGCAUUUAGUUUUAAAGGGUAGAGUUGUCAGUCAGUAUGUCAAGACAGUUCUAGACAAUACCCACUGUCAGGACAGAUUCCACAUGGCAUAAGAAGUCAGAUAGUGGUGAAAAUUAUAUAAAUACUUUAAAACUCAUCUAUGACACUAGAAAUGUGCAAAAUUGGUAUGCAA